CCGCCGCCGCCGCCGCCCCGCCCGCCGCGAUGGCUCGGCCGCUGGUGCCCAGCUCCCAGAAGGCGCUGCUGCUGGAGCUCAAGGGGCUGCAGGAGGAGCCGGUGGAGGGCUUCCGCGUGGCUCUGGUGGACGAGGGCGACCUGUACAACUGGGAGGUGGCCAUCUUCGGGCCACCCAACACCUACUACGAGGGCGGCUACUUCAAGGCACGGCUCAAGUUCCCCAUCGACUACCCGUACUCGCCACCAGCCUUCCGCUUCCUGACCAAGAUGUGGCACCCAAACAUCUAUGAGACAGGGGAUGUGUGCAUCUCCAUCCUGCACCCCCCAGUCGACGACCCCCAGAGUGGGGAGCUGCCCUCGGAGCGGUGGAACCCCACGCAGAAUGUCAGGACCAUCCUCCUGAGCGUGAUCUCCCUGCUGAACGAGCCCAACACCUUCUCGCCGGCCAACGUGGACGCCUCGGUGAUGUACAGGAAGUGGAAGGAGAGCAAGGGCAAAGACCGCGAGUACACAGACAUCAUCCGGAAGCAGGUCCUGGGGACCAAAGUGGAUGCAGAGCGUGACGGUGUGAAGGUGCCCACCACGCUGGCCGAGUACUGCGUGAAGAGCAAGGCGCCAGCGCCUGACGAGGGGACAGACCUCUUCUACGACGACUACUACGAGGACGGCGAGGCAGAUGAGGAGGCCGGCAGCUGCCUUGGGGACGAGGACAGCUCUGACAACGAGGGGUCCUGACGCCGCGCCCCGCAAAAUAAACUCUCAGAUUUUACCUCACGACCGGCCUGGUGGGCUCAGCCCACGGACUACCUCACGGAGCUCGCGUAGUCCCUCUCCUGGUGGGUGGCGCUUGGGUCCCUCCCUCCCCCCAUGUUCUGAGUUUGCCUCUGCUUCAGGGGACAGUGGCGGCCCAAGGCCUGGGCUUCAGGGACUGGCAGGGCCCAGUGGGGCCCUGGAAGCCAGAUGGGGACAGGCGGGCAGGCUAGGAUGGGUCAGGUGACGCAGGGGUCAGGACCUGCUGCCCAGCAGCUCACAGCGAAGAGCCGCAGACUCAGCAUCCAGUGAUGUGUGGCCAAUGACUUGUGGCCCCUCUCUUCUGCUUCGGUUUGUUUGAAUCUAAAUAAAACUGCUUAUGAGGA